UAGGCAUAGAGCUUGAUCACUAUAAAUUAAUGAAGCUGAAGAUGGCAAGCCAGUUCAGGUAGUUACAAAGAUGAGGUGGGGAAAACUUUUUCUGGCAUUGAUUCUUGCAAUAGUUAGGGUGUUUUCUUUAGAGUCAGAAGCAAUACUUAAUGAUGAGAAGGACCAUAAAUAUCAUACUAGAUGGGCAGUGCUUGUUGCUGGGUCCGCAUAUUAUCAGAACUACAGGCAUCAGGCUGAUAUAUGCCAUGCAUACCAAAUACUAAAGAAAGGUGGAUUGAAAGAUGAAAACAUUAUUGUUUUCAUGUAUGAUGACAUUGCAUUUAACCCAUACAACCCUAGGCCUGGUGUUAUUAUCAACAAGCCCUACGGUCCUAAUGUUUAUGCAGGAGUUCCCAAGGAUUAUACAGGAGAACAUGUUACCUCUGAAAAUCUUUAUGCUGUGAUUCUUGGUAAUAAAAGUGCUGUGACUGGAGGUAGUGGUAAGGUCCUUGCCAGUGGUCCAAAUGACCAUGUUUUCAUAUACUAUGCCGAUCAUGGUGCUGCUGGAAUACUCGGUAUGCCAGGUGAAACAGAUAUUGUAUAUGCAAAAGAUCUCGUAGAUGUACUGAAAAAGAAGCAUGAAAACAAAGCUUACCGAAAAAUGGUAAUUUACAUCGAAGCCUGUGAAUCUGGGAGCAUAUUUGAGGGGCUUCUUCCUCAGAAUAUAAAUAUAUACGCAACUACAGCAUCAAAUCCAAACGAGAGCAGUUUUGCAACGUAUUGCCCCGACGAUGAUUACAGCUCUCCACUUUCUGAAUACGACACGUGCUUAGGGGACUUGUACAGUGUUGCUUGGAUGGAGGAUUGCGACAAAGCCGACUUACGUAAUGAAUCUUUGGAACACCAAUAUAAAGUGGUUAAAAGAAGAACAAUUAAUAGCAAUUUGGGAGAGGGAAGUUCUCAUGUGAUGGAAUAUGGAAAUAUGCAACAAAGGACUGAUGUAGUGGAGUCUUACAUGGGCUCAAAUCCCACAAACGACGUCAACUUCACUUAUUCAUUCAAUCAUGUCGCUCCUCCUGCUCCUCGUUCUCCACAUCAUCAUCAUCAUUUCUCAUCAUCAUCACGAUCAACGCCUGUAGUAGUGAUCAACCACGAUCAACGUGAUGCAAUACUCCUUCAUUUUUGGCACAAGUUGCGUAAGGCUCUGAGUGGGUCCCGAGAGAAGAAUGAAGCACAAAAGCAGUUUGACGAAGAAAUUCAUGGAAGGAAGGUGACAGACUAUAGAAUAAAUGAGAUUGGAAGGCUUUUGUUUGGGUCUCAGCAGAAAAGCUCACAAGUUUUGAACCAUGUUCGAUCACCGGGCCAACCCCUUGUGGACGAUUGGGACUGCUUUAAGAUGCAUGUGAAAACAUACGAGAAGGAGUGUGGAAGAUUGACAACUUAUGGAAGGAAAUACACACGAGCUUUUGCCAACACGUGCAACGCUGGGAUUACUACGGACCAGUUGGUAGCAGCUUCAAUUCCAACUUGCUCCACUAUGAAAUGAAAUGUAUAAUCUUUAAAUACAUACACACACACAUAUGAACUCAUUAUUAUAAUGCCAAAUCAUAUAUAUAAAAAUAAA